AUGGAAAUGAAUAGCGACGAAGAGGCGGAUCUGAAAGAGUCGGUUCUGGAAGACGCCAUUACAAGGCAGCAACAUUGGGAUGCACAAUGCAAGUUUGGCGACGAUGCUGAUCUCGACCUCGAGAUUGAGAGGUCCGACGAGCAUUUUUGGGCUUAUAAGUUCUGCAGUCCGGGAUGGCCAAGCAAUGAUUCGAAAGUUGAGUAUGCAGGGCCUGAUCUCAGGAAGAUUGCGGACGUGACUGCGAGACUCAUGCCACGAUACCUCUACCGGGUCACACAUCCAAGGUCUCAGGGUGUGAAUGAGGAGGGUCUCUACCGGUCUGGUAGUGUGAAGGCAGGCCUCGGAUUGACCAACUUCUUUGAUGUCAACAAAGACUGUGAGCACAUCAAAUCCACGCUCACGAUGCAUUUACGGAAGCAGCAUACCCCGAGCCCCUGGAUCUCUUUCUCGGAUUCGAUCGUGGCCACUCUUGCAAGAGCUCUUCGUUUCCAGCAACGGAAGAAGACAAAGCCAGAGGACAUUCGAAUCCAUGUCAUCGACACCAUGAACAUCAGAAGGCUGGCUCUAGGAGUCAAUGGCCGCGCAAUAGCGUUCGGCUAUCGAGCACUCGGUCAUAACUCGUCUAAAGAUACGAUGGUCCGUGGGUCACUUCCUGGCGAGUACCUUUUCUGGAACGUGUUGAACGUCGAUGCUAGCACUGUUUCUCUCAGCGGAUUCCUUUGUCCUUGGCUGACCAAGGACAAUGUACGAAGUCCGGGACUUCUCGAGCUGAUUCCACAACUCACAGUGCAGCCGAGGGCGAAGGGGUCGAAGAAGCUUGCGAAGCCAGAUCCAGCGACAACUAAAUCUAGGCAAGCCUCGCAACUCCUUGACAAACUAUAUGGUUCCGAGACGGUCAUCAGAAAGCGGAUUGCCGUCGAGAAAGUACGGGACCAUCAAAAGCUGGUUGGUGGUCUGAAGCUGGACUUUCGUCUGCCGGUCCUUCUGGCGCUUCUAUCCAUGCAUACCAAAUCAUACCACAAUGAGGGUAUUGUGGAGGCGAUGUGCCAGGUCUACGAAGGCGCCUCGGAAGUUGAGAACUUUGAGUUCGCGUCCACCGGUGCGGCUGGAGAAUUGCGAAUAGAUGUGGAAAAGUUCGAGGAGCUCGGCGUCAUGGUAUAUUUGGCUCUGAAGGGCAAGCAUGCUGUGCGUGGUGGUAAGGUCGACGACCUGCGGAGAAAUCUUUCCAGAAUCGACGGCGUUUGGGUCAACACCACCCAUGAGAUGCUCAAGCACCAUUGUUUUCUCUUCCAAUACCUCGAUGCCGCACUUGACACAAUCACGCAGCAUGUCAUAACGACUCCCGUUUCUAUACCAACGAUCACAUCUGCAUCAUCGUCGAUCCUCAGUACGUCGGAUGCCAUGGAUGCGACCUUGACGUCCGAGUUUACACAACCAGGAGACCUGCGGAAGCGCAAGCACAAGAUCACACAGGAAGCGGAAUUGCAACGAUUCAAGUAUUUCAGAGACGACAAAGGUCGCAAGUACGCCGUUAGGGAUUACAAGAUCUACUUAAGUACGAUAGCAGCAUGGGAGCAAUUUUCAGGAGGGACGGAGCCGAAAGCCAACGAGACCCUCAUAGAGGUAGCUGUGAGAGGCAUGCAGAACAUUGCAGCGGUGGCAGGGAGUGGCCAACGACCGCCAAAAUGUCCUUGA